CUGAUGACGUACCCUUGGAGGAGUGACCGCGAGUCAGACGUUUUGGUACAUAUUGUUCACGGACGUUUUUGAAAACUAGAACUGAUAUAAUGUCAACAACUAGAAAAAAACGAGCUUUCCGCGCUUAUUUGUAGCGAGUAGCUUACAACAUAAAGAGUUGGCUGUCACAAAGGGUUGGUCAAGCAAGCUCUGUUAUGAAUUAUUGCUGAUCAGGGUGCCUUCCAUCUGUCACUGCAACAUUUAGUUUACAGCAACAAGGAACACUUUCAAUUCUCCAGUAUUCUAUUCUCAGGUCUAAUCCAAACCACCAAACCCACCUCCCACUAGUCUGAUGUGGCAAGGAAUCGGAAUGGAUGUAUUUCCUGGACGGAGUAAAAUAUGACAUCUCGGGUUGUAUUUAUAUCCGUGUUGCUGCUGUUGUGGUGUCACUGUCGCCAUGUUUUGGGCUCCGGUGAUUCUGGGACCGGGAUAGUUCCGUCUCCAGACCGAUCCGCCGAAGGUUCUGACCUGCUCUCUAUGGGGACCAUGGUGGACACACACUCCGUGAUGUUACGUCAGGGAAACACAGACGAGUGUGACAUUGUGAUGAACCUGAGUGCUGCUGAUCGAUGUGCGUUUGUGAAGGCCACUCCAGACUGCAGUAUGGAAGACAGCUUCAUCAACUACCUCAAGAUGGCCUUCUGUCUACUACCACCCAACCUAACACCCCUCACUAUCACACUCUGCAUUAUCUGGUUGUUAAUCUUGUUCAUAGUUCUCGGACUGACUGCGUCAAAGUUCUUCUGUCCCAACCUCUCAGCCAUCUCCUCCAGCCUUCGACUCACACACAACGUGGCUGGUGUGACGUUCCUGGCGCUAGGAAACGGAGCUCCAGAUGUCUUCAGUGCCACUGUGGCCUUCUCCCGUCCACACACCGCUGGCCUGGCUGUAGGAGCACUGUUUGGAGCGGGUAUCUUUGUAACCACGGUGGUCGCCGGGUCUGUGUCAUUGGUCAAACCCUUCACUGUAGCGUCCCGCCCCUUCCUGCGGGAUGUCAUCUUCUACAUGGCUGCAGUCUUCUGGACCUUCAUCAUCCUCUACAGAGGAACUAUAUCACUGGGAGAGACACUAGGGUACCUUGGGCUGUAUGUGGUGUAUGUGGUAACAGUCAUUGUGAGUGCCUACAUCUAUAAUCAUCAGAAACACUCAGCAACUAGAAGUUCCAUCCAGAGCUCAACACACGCACCAGAGCUCCAGACAUCUGAGUCAGACCAGGCUCCUAUUUUAUCUAAUGGCAGCAUCCAGGAGGGCUAUGGUAACAACCACAGUCACUGUGCACAUUCCACUAAGUUAUACCUCUGGGGUGUGCUACGAGAACCAAUUCAGUCGAGUGUGUGUGUGUGUGCGUGUAUAGACAGUGAGUACCGUCCCCUGCUUCCCUACUGUGAGUCGACCAGUUCCAUCCUGCUGAAUUCUCUAAACCCGGUGGACAGCAGGACCUGGAGGAGGAAGACCUGGCGCUGGAGGACUGUGAAAAUAGUGAAGAUGCCACUGGAGUUGCUGCUGCUGCUGACUGUUCCAGUGGUGGAUCCUGACAAAGAAGACAGGAACUGGAGAAGACCAUUAAACUGCCUCCACCUUAUCACUGCGCCGCUGGUUUGUGUGCUCACCUUCAGCUCCGGGGAGUACGGUUUGUAUCUGAUCGAGGGUCAGUUUCCUGUCUGGGCGUUGACGUUGCUCUUUGGCCUCUUCCUCUCCGCCAUAGUCUUCCUCACCACUUCUAACGACCAGCCACCGGCAUACCACUUAGUGUUCUCUCUGUUGGGCUUUGUGGUGAGUGCGAUGUGGAUCAGUGCUGCAGCCUCGGAGGUGGUCAGUAUCCUGCACAUGCUCGGUGUGGUCCUUAGUCUUUCCAACAAUUUACUGGGUCUCACACUGCUGGCCUGGGGAAAUAGCAUUGGGGAUUGUUUUUCUGACAUCACCAUCGCUCGCCAGGGCUACCCACGGAUGGCAUUAUCAGCCUGCUUUGGGGGAAUCAUCUUUAACAUGCUGAUUGGAGUGGGCAUUGGCUGUCUGAUACAGAUGUUUAACAACGAGCCAGUGGUGACGUUGGAACCAGAGGGUUUGUUGACCUGGGUUCUAGCAGGUUCUCUGGGUCUCUCUCUGGUCUUCUCCUUCAUCCUAGUUCCUCUGUGUUGUUUCCACCUGGGCCCGGCCUAUGGAAUCUUCCUCCUGCUCUUCUAUGCAGUCUUCCUCCUGGUUGCGCUGCUCACAGAGUUCGGCUUUAUCCACAUCUGAAGCCUGUACGAGAUGGUUUGGACCAGUCUGAUAGAGCCACCUGUGAAUACUGACCAGACGGGUUCGAGACCUGAGAGACUUUCCUCUUCCUGGGAGAGAUGGAGUCACAGCCAAUCACACUGUGCCUUAACGGAGUUGGAACCAAUCAGACUGUGAUUUAACUUUUGUCUGUUUACACGGACUAUAUUUUUUUAUAUUUAGAUCGCCAUUAGCUGUUACAUAAGGACCAGCUUCUCUUACCGGGGUCCACAAAAAACAAUUACACACAUAUACAGAAAUAACAGUGACACAGUUUUAAAGUAACCCAUGUACUGACAAGGAGUAAAAAAAUGAAAAAAAGAUGCAGUAGCACUUUAAGGGAAUUUUCUCCUUUAAAUCAAUGUGAAUGUAGUGUCUCGUAGUGAGAAACUGCUGUCUGGACUGGUUGUGAGUCAAUUGUAUAAAAUGUGCUCUUUUGUGGGCCUCCCGAGUGACACAGUGGUGCAUCGCAGUGCUACCUGUGCCACUAGAGAUUCUGGGUUCGAGCCCAGUUUCUUUCGCAGUCGGCCACAACCCGAGAGACCCAUGGGGCGGCGCACAAUUGGCAGGGAUGUCCUUGUCCCACCGCGCACCUGUGGCAGGACGGGCGCAGUGCACACGGAGAAGGUCCCCAGGUGUACAGUGUUUCCUCUGACACAUUGGUGUGGCUGGCUUCCGGGUUAAGUGGGCAUUAUGUCAAGAAACAGUGCAGUUUGGUCGUGUUUCAGAGGACGUACUGUUCUCGACCUUCGCCUCUCCUGAGUCCGGACGGGAGUUACAGCGAUGAGACAAGACUAAACUACCAAUUGGGAAAAUAUACUUUUUUUUUUCUUCUUUUAAAAAAAUAAUAAAAUGCUAUUUGCAACACAUUAUCGAUCAUUUUGAUUUCCUACUGAAUUUUAAAUAAUAUGGCUUAGAAACAACUACAGUGGGGCAAAAAAAUAUUUAGUCAGCCACCAAUUGUGCAAGUUC